CCUCCGCUGAUUUUUCUCCGACGUCUUAGGGGCUGUCCGCGGGUCUUUGCCUUCCGCUCAGCCCACAUGGUUGUGCACGUGGGAAUGUGGCCUCCGAGAGUACAGGCUGUGGCUGCAGCUUCGUUUGCCGCCCGGAUUUAAGCGGAAGAAAGGCUGCAGAACUAAGCACGCUUACUAAAGAGUAAGGGUUUUUAGCUGAAAAUGCAGCGCAAGAAGGUGGAUAAUCGCAUUCGAGUUUUGAUCGAGAAUGGAGUGGCUGAACAGCACAGGACUCUCUUUGUUGUAGUCGGGGAUCAUGGCAAAGAUCAGGUGGUCAUUCUCCAUCAUAUGUUGUCUAAAACAGCUGUUAAAGCUAGACCAUCGGUAUUGUGGUGUUAUAAGAAAGAGUUGGGCUUUAGCAGCCACCGUAAAAAAAGGAUGAGGCAAUUGCAAAAGAAGAUUAAAAGUGGGACUUUAGAUCUGAAGCAAGAUGACCCUUUUGAGCUGUUUAUAGCAGCAACAAACAUUCGGUACUGUUACUACAAUGAAACACACAAAAUUCUUGGGAAUACUUUUGGCAUGUGUGUUCUCCAGGAUUUUGAAGCCUUGACACCAAACUUGCUUGCUAGAACGGUUGAAACAGUGGAAGGUGGUGGCGUAGUAGCAAUUCUUCUGAGAACAAUGAAUUCCCUAAAACAGCUGUACACGAUGACCAUGGAUGUGCAUUCUCGAUACCGGACAGAGGCACAUCAGGAUGUAGCUGGCAGAUUUAAUGAGAGGUUUAUUCUCUCUCUGGUCUCUUGUAAGACAUGUAUGGUAGUUGAUGAUCAGCUUAACAUCCUUCCAAUCUCCAGCCACGUUGCAAAUAUAGUACCUGUUCCACCCCGAUCACAGGAGGACAGUCUGAGUCCUCAGGAUAUGGAACUGAAGGAGUUAAAGGAGAGCCUUCAGGACACACAACCUGUUGGAGUGCUGGUUGAGAGCUGUAAAACUCUGGAUCAGGCAAAAGCCGUUCUGAAGUUCAUUGAAGCCAUUUCUGAAAAGACACUGAGAAGUACUGUGGCUUUAACAGCAGCCAGGGGGCGUGGUAAAUCUGCAGCCUUAGGAUUGGCUAUAGCUGGAGCAGUGGCUUUUGGCUAUUCCAACAUUUUCGUCACCUCUCCCAGCCCAGAUAACCUUCACACCUUGUUUGAGUUUGUUUUUAAAGGCUUUGACGCAUUACAGUUUCAGGAGCACUUGGACUACGAGGUUAUUCAGUCUCUCAAUCCUGAAUUUAACAAAGCAGUUGUCAGAGUUAAUGUAUUCAGAGAACAUAGACAGACUAUCCAGUAUAUACACCCUGCUGAUGCUGUGAAACUGGGUCAGGCUGAACUUGUGGUGAUUGAUGAAGCUGCUGCUAUUCCCCUGCCCCUGGUGAAAAAACUGCUUGGCCCUUACCUUGUAUUUAUGGCUUCUACAAUCAAUGGCUAUGAAGGCACUGGUCGUUCCUUGUCUUUGAAAUUGAUCCAGCAGUUACGGCAACAGAGUGCACAGGCCCAAGCCUGCAUGGCAGCAGAGAACAAGACAACGACAACAGCUAAACUGUCCUCAGUCCGUACACUGCAUGAAGUUUCCCUCCAGGAAUCUAUUCGAUACGCCCCAGGAGAUCCUGUUGAAAAGUGGCUGAAUGACUUGCUAUGCUUGGAUUGUCUCAGCAUAACUAGGAUUAUAUCUGGCUGCCCGCUGCCUGAGUCCUGUGACUUAUAUUAUGUGAACAGAGACACCCUCUUCUGCUAUCACAGGGCAUCAGAAGCUUUUCUUCAGAGGCUGAUGGCUUUGUACGUAGCCUCUCACUACAAGAAUUCUCCCAAUGACCUCCAGAUGCUUUCAGAUGCUCCAGCCCAUCAUCUCUUUUGCCUUCUGCCUCCAGUUCCACCUACACAGAAUUCCUUGCCAGAAGUGCUUGCUGUUGUUCAGGUGUGCUUAGAGGGUGAGAUCUCCCGUCAAUCCAUUAUGAACAGUCUGUCCAGAGGGAAAAAAGCAUCUGGAGAUCUGAUUCCAUGGACCAUUUCAGAGCAGUUCCAAGAUCCUGAUUUUGGUGGCCUUUCUGGUGGGAGAAUUGUUCGCAUUGCAGUCCAUCCUGAUUAUCAAGGGAUGGGUUAUGGCAGCAGAGCUUUGCAUUUGGUGCAAAUGUACUAUGAAGGCAAGUUUCCUUGCUUGGAAGAAAAGGUGGCCCAGAAACCAAGAGAAAUUGCUACUGUGAGCAGCGAGGCUGUCAGUUUACUGGAGGAAGCUGUGACACCUCGGAAGGACUUGCCGCCUCUCCUCCUCAAACUGAGCGAGAGGCAAGCAGAGAAUCUCAACUACAUGGGUGUUUCUUAUGGCUUGACACCAAAUCUGCUCAAAUUUUGGAAACGAGCUGGAUUUAUACCAGUUUAUCUGAGGCAGACUCCUAAUGAUCUGACGGGGGAACAUUCCUGUAUCAUGCUGAAGAUGCUGAAUGAAGAUGAGGAGAAUGAGCAGGAGAGCUGGCUAACUGCCUUCUGGAAAGAUUUCAGGAGGAGGUUUCUCUCUCUCUUGUCAUAUCAGUUUAGUGCUUUCUCUCCUUCAUUAGCUUUGAAUAUUUUACAGAAUCGGAAUAUCAAGCAGCAGUUACAACCGAUCAGCCGCAGUGAAUUAGAAGCUCUUUUUAUACCAUAUGAUCUGAAGAGGCUAGAGAUGUACUCGAGGAACAUGGUGGAUUAUCAUCUGAUUAUGGACUUGAUCCCUACCAUCUCGAGGAUGCAUUUUCUCAGCCAGCUUGGAGACGUUACCCUUUCUGCUGCACAGUCUGCUCUUCUUCUUGGAAUUGGCUUACAGCACAAAUCUGUUGAUCAGUUGGAGAAAGAGAUAGAACUGCCUAGUGGUCAGCUGAUGGGCCUUUUUAACCGUAUCAUUCGCAAAGUUGUUCAGUUAUUCAACACUAUCCAGGAAAAAGCUGUGGAAGAGCAGAUGGCAACAACAAAGGAAGUUGUAAUGGAGCCAACCCUGAAAUCAUUAAAUGAAGAUUUGGAAGAAGCAGCAAAGGAGUUUCAAGAAAAACACAGGCAAGAGAUUGGGAAGUUGAAAGACCUUGACCUUUCACAAUAUGUAAUCCGAGGUGAUGACGAAGAGUGGAACGAAGUGCUGACCAAAGCAGGACAGAACGCUUCCAUUGUCAGUCUGAAAAGUGACAAGAAAAGAAAAUCAGAAGGUGUAAUAGGACCAAAACAGGAGAAGAAAUUUAAGAAAAAAGUCCCAAAGCAAAAGUGGAAGAAAUGACCCCCAAAUCAACAUAUGGAUCUGAACUGUUUCAAGAACGCCCAGCUUCUUUUAUAAAUCAAAUAACUAAAAGCUGCCAUACCUUGGAAUGGAAAUGCCUGAAACAUUUAAAAUAUACUGUGUGAAGCAGCACUGCUCAGAAGAUAUUUUUAUACUGCUGCCAGCUCAGCAUUUGUGCUGCAUUAAAAGGGAUUGCAGAACAGCACACAGGAAUCCUGGCUGCUUAGCCCUGGGAUUUUGAGCCUCGGAGACCGAUAAACAUCCUUCCCGUUUCUUUACAAUUGUUGUUCUUUCUGGUGAUUUUUGGAGAGAGGCCUGGGUUUCAGCGUGUGUGUUUUAAACUGAAAGCUGAUAUUUUUUUCUAUGAUUAGUACAAUGGGGAUACAGCAUUUAGUAAGAUUUUAAAUGCUCAGUUUAUGUGCUUGCCCACUAUACUUUAUUAGGCUUUUGAUUUAAAAAAAAAGAAAAGAAUACCAGCUUCAAAUUAGAUUACAUCUUCUGUUGAAUGCUGUCACUUCUGUACAUUUCUGGGGUCGCUUCUGAACGUUAGUAAUUUAUUCUGCCCUCAUGGUCUGCUAGUACUAUGCAAAGCAUAGGAUAUAGGGAAUAUAUUAGUGCUUCCACAUCCUUUCCCUGAGUUGCAUCAUUCCUGCUUCUCAGUUUGUACCACUGAGUAUAUAUUUGGUGUCAUGUCAUUACAGUAAAUCAGCAAUGAAGUAGUCCUGAUUGCAUGGUGUAAGCUCCAAGAAUGAUGGAGUGUAUUUGGACUCAGCAUUACCACCAAGUACAACAAAUAGUCCUUUAGGAAUGCCUUGAUGGUGCUCUUGUUUUAAUACCUAGUGUAUUGUUGAUAUGACGAUACUGUGUCUCCAGCGUUGCCAGAUCAGCAAACAAUAUCUGGUACAAAACUCAGUGUUGUAAGCAUAUCCAAAUCUCUCUUCUCUGUUUUUCCUCUGCUUCUGGUCCUUGUUGUUGCAAAGAUGAUAGAAAAAUCAGCUGCAGUGCCUAGUGAAAUUUCAGAAGCUGGAGGGUAACUGACCAGGAACUCUGAUGCUAUAUGACUGUGUAACAUGAACGGUGUGAUUUCAGUACUCUGUAUAGCUCUGUUCAUACCCCAUUGUUACAGUUUCCUGGGCAUUCUUUUUAUAGCAUUAUUUUCCCAGUACCUGCAGAGAAAAUAAAAACCUAGUUCUUGAAAGCAUAAUUUAAACUUGAUAAAAAAAGCAUAAUUUAAACUUGAUUAAAAAAAAGUGAUGAAUUUGGCUUAAUCUUCAGGCCAACAGUGUCCACCCAGGCGGGUUCUACCAUGCUGCAGGUCAGGAGACUGUAGUUACAGAAUCCUGAGCUCUGUGUUUUUGUUGGCCAGAGCAGCAGAACUGGCACCUUUUUGUUGCUCUACACAUUAAAGCACAUUUUCCUAUUCA